GGUGUAUGACGUUCUGAAAAUCAUGAUUUCUCGAGAACAAAGGCAUAUGCAGUUUUUUUUGUAUCUGUAGUUACUGUAUGCAAUCAAAAUCAUACAUUAGCCACACAUAUCCAAACGAAACCAUAUGACACUGACAUAUCAUGCUUGACGUGCAUGUUCAGUGUCUCUUUACACGUGUACAUACUUAACUAUCCCCCGUUUACGAUAGUAAACAUUCCAUGUGAUUCAUAGUGUUAUAAUUUUAUAGUUUCUUAAAAUUGGUGAAAAUGUUAUGAAUCAUAGCUGUUCUUUUAUCUAAUGUGGCUUUUAGUUAUGGUUCCCAUAUGAAUAUUGCUUUUCUGUUGAUAAAUUAAAAUCUUGGACGUAAUAAAAAUAUCAGUGAGAAAAGAUAAGUACAAUAAUUAUGUAUGAAUAUGACAUUGAGGAAAUCAAAGAAAAUGUACAAUACAUAUUGAUAUUAUACUACUAUUUCUCACAAUCUUUAUGAUAAGAUAAAAUUAGAAGUGAAUCUAAUAAUAGUAUUUAUUAAUACAAGAAGAUAAAAAUAUUUGCUAUAAAUAAUUGGUGAUAAAAAGGUACAAAUUAAACUGAAAAGGUACAACCAAGUGACAGUUACUAUAUUAAAAGUCAAAAUAUUGUAACACUUAUAAUAAUAAGUUAGUCAACAAAAUCAAGAAAGCAUCAUUUAGCAAGUAUGAGUGGUUCAUUAAGGGAUCAACCAUGGGGCUUUCAAGCCUUAGAACAUACAGUCUCAAAAUGCUGUCCUUAUCGCCGUGUGAACAAAAUGACCUGGCAUCAGGGUGGUAUCUUAGCUCUUACAUAUUUGGCCUAUACUUGCUACCAUCUGACACGAAAACCAAUAUCAGUUGUGAAAAAUGUAUUAAGUCUCAAUUGUAGUACUUUAUCACCACCUCCAGAUUUUUUGAUUAAUAGUACUAAUCGAGAUACAUGGUGUGAUUGGGCUCCAUUUGAUACUGCAGAUGCUCCAGCAUUGCUUGGCAUGUUAGACUCAGCAUUCCUGUUUACAUAUGCAGCAGCCAUGUUCCUCAGUGGUUUCAUAGCUGAAAGAGUAAAUUUACGUUAUUUUCUAUCAUUUGGUAUGCUUGCAUCAGGUAUAUCUUGUUAUUUGUUUGGUAUUGCUAGACCAUAUAAUAUCCAUAGCUUGUGGUAUUUUGUUCUGGUACAGGCAAUUGGUGGUGUUUUCCAAACAUCAGGUUGGCCUGGUGUAGUUACAGUUGUAGGAAAUUGGUUUGGAAAAAGAAAAAGAGGUUUGAUCUUUGGCAUAUGGAAUUCUCACACCUCGUUGGGGAAUAUUUUGGGUAGUUUAAUAGCUGCUGAAUUUGUGGAAUCUGAUUGGGGUUUAAGUUUCAUGGUACCUGGAGCAGUAAUGGGCAUAGCAGGAUUUAUAAUAUUUCUAUUUUUAAUACCCAAUCCUAUAGACAUCGGGUGUAUUCCACCUAUUUCUCCUAGAUAUAGAAAAUUCGAUGUAACCCACAGUUCGGAUGAAGGCAGUGGUUCAGAUGACUGUGAACAAUUAUAUAAUGAUGUUGAAGAUCGUCUCAUCUAUCGCUGUGUCUACCACGAACAAGUUAAUAUUGAUGAUAUAGCAAGUUUGCGAUCUGAAACUAGUCCAAUACUAUCAAGACACAGACAUGUACAAGAAUCUCAUAGAGGAAAUGCAAUCGGAUUUAUAGGAGCUAUGUCUAUACCUGGAGUUAUAGAAUAUUCUCUCUCUUUAUUUUUUGCAAAACUUGUAAGCUACACAUUCCUGUAUUGGUUGCCAUUAUAUAUUGCAGCUUCAACUACUUAUAGUACAACAUUAAGUGCAGAUGUCUCUACUUUAUUUGAUGUGGGUGGUAUUGCGGGUGCGAUAGCAGCUGGUGUUUUAUCCGAUUAUAGCGGUAUGAGUGCUUUAACAUGUGCUGUUAUGCUUGGAUUUGCUGUUCCCAUGUUGUUUAUAUAUGACUACAUUGGAAGCACAAGUUUGGGCACCAACAUAGUAUUACUACUAAUAGCAGGAGUAUUAGUAAAUGGACCAUAUGCCUUAAUAACAACUGCUGUAUCUGCUGAACUAGGAACUCACCCUAGUUUAGGGGAUAAUUCAAAAGCUUUAGCUACAGUUACUGCUAUCAUUGAUGGAACAGGCAGUAUUGGUGCUGCUGUUGGUCCACUGCUGGCAGGUUUGGUAUCACGUUGGGCUGGCUGGCAUAAUGUGUUUUAUAUGCUUAUGAUCGCAGAUAUGGUGGCAUUAUUGCUACUAUCGAGAUUAGUUUACAAGGAUAUUCAAAUGUACAGACGACGACGAAGAGCUGUUUAACUUUAUUCUUUUACACCAAGUAAAGAAUAAUGGAUAACUAUGAAAAUAAACAAAUGAUAUUAAUAUAUGUAUUUGUAACCUUAGCUUUUUCAUAAAUGUUAUAAAAU